AUGGUAAGUUUUUUAUUGGAUUUUUCUUGGUGUGAAAAGAAUGGGAAUGCAGCAAAUUGAAUAUAACAGUUUUGUUUCUGAUCUAACAACUAACUUUGUGUGUUUUUUCUAGUCUACUUCCGGAGUUAUGGUCCAUCCAGAUGUUCAAUCGACAUUCCAAAAAUUGUCGGAAGGACGCAAGGAGUUCAGAUACAUCAUUUUCAAAAUUGAGGUUAGUUUUUUUUUUCUGGAAGGGGUUGCGAAAUAUUCAAAAGUUUCGAAAUAUCUACAAGAUUUCCUUCAAUUUCAUCCAUCAAAAACUUUGCAAAAACCCAUGAGAAUCCAAAUAAAAUCACUAAUUUUUCAUUUUUUAGGAGCGCGAAGUUAUCGUCGAAACCGCCGUAACUCCAGAAGACUUGGGAGUGACCGGAGAUGAUUAUGAUGAUUCUUCCAAGGCUGCCUUCGAGAAAUUCGUCGAAGAUGUCAAGACUAGAACUGACAAUUUGACCGACUGUCGUUACGCUGUUUUCGAUUUCAAGUUCACCUGCAGUCGUGUUGGAGCCGGAACUUCUAAGAUGGACAAGAUUGUCUUCUUGCAAAUGUAAGUUUUUAAACUAAAUUUUUCAUAUCCUUUUCAUUGUGAAAAAUAUGAACUUCCUCUCUGACAAGAAGCGGAAAUUGAAUAAUUCUAUUUUCAAUAAAACACAUUUCAGCUGCCCAGAUGGUGCUUCAAUCAAAAAGAAGAUGGUCUACGCUUCAUCUGCUUCAGCUAUCAAGGCUUCUCUCGGAACUGGAAAGAUCCUUCAAUUCCAAGUGAGUUUUUUAAAUUUUAAAAUCAAUAGUAUUUUAUUUUCAAAAUAAACAUUUACAGGUCUCUGACGAAUCUGAGAUGUCGCACAAGGAAUUGUUGAACAAGCUCUCUGAAAAAUACGGAGAUCAUUAA